AUGCCAACUGAUCUGUGGCUCUCGGCGCAACAUGAAGUCGAUAAGUUGAUCUUGAUAGUGAUCAUGGACUCGUCCUACUCUGUGCAGGAGGACACAGAGGAUUAUAAUGAACUCAUUGAGCGCCAUCCUGCAACUGAGAGUGAUGGGGUUGUUCACAUUUGUGGCAGCAUCAUCAGCUUUGUAGACCAUCUGGAUGACAAAUUCAUGAAGAGUCUCCAAAACAUCGAUACCCAUGGGAUGGAGUAUAUCGACCGUCUUCAGGACGAGAAAGUACUUUAUCGUACUAUUAGCUGUUUGCAAGUUUUCUAUGAACAGACGAGCCAGCUGGAACCCCUUGCGCAAGUGAUCAUGCAACAGUUGGAGCAUAUCUAUGAGUCUGAUGCUGUCAUCUCUACUCUUGGGUCUUCAUUGGCUUCGUCGGAGAUAAUUCUCAGCUUUGCUCUGGCAUCUUCUGCUACUGCUUUGUUCCUCAUUCACUCCCUUUGUGUUCAUCUUUACAAAGCCAACAACUCCCUUCUGCACACUCGCACCAUGCCCAGUCACAUCAACCAUCACACCUUGUACAUUGGAUUCUAUACGGUAUAA